AUGAAUAAUAUAGAAGGAAAAAUAAAGAGAUGGAUUGAACUAAUUAAAAAAGAAAAAUUAAGUGAUGCAAUAGAAGACAUUCAGGCAAAUAUUUCUACUAAAAAUAAAAAAUUAAAUGGACAAAUUUUUAAAUUGUUGUUAUAUUUAUCACAUACUGCAGACAAGUGUAAUAAACAAAAUCAUGCUACAGGAAAGGAAAUAUAUAAAUUAACUUGUUUACUGUGCUCAAUUUUGACUAAAAUACCAGAUAAUAUAAAGUUUGUUUCUAGUUUAUUUCAUAUAAUUCGUUGUUUAUUAGCAAUGUGCAUGUUCAAUGAGGCAUAUAAAAUAUGCUUGAAUUUAAAAACAGAAGCACUAUAUUGUUCUCAUGAAAAUGUGAGUGAUAUAUUAGUGAAGAUUGCUUUUUUAUGGUGUAAUACAAUUAAUAAUAAAUUUCUUAUUCUACAAAAAGAUCCAUCAGGUUCCAAACAUUAUUAUGAAUUGAAAAAUAUUAUAAAGUAUGAAUUAGAAAUGAUACAGAUAGCAUAUAAAAAUUCUACAAAGCACUUGCUUAUGAAAAUAAGUUUAUAUUUGGAUAAAAUAGCAUUGAUGUGCAAAGAACCAAAUAUAUGCUUUGUUAAUUUUUCUACAUUUAUAAUUGAAUACUUAAAUGAAACAAAGAUACUCUUAAAUAAAGAUGAAAAAUAUAUCAUAUGCCGUCAUAUGCUUCAUAUAACAAGUAGGAUCAUGUGUGAAAAUAUCAAUGAAAAGUGCCUAAAAUCAGCUAUACAGAUUUUUAAUACUAUAAGUGAUUAUUUUAAAAAGAUUUUACUAGAAGAUGAAGAAUGUUAUCAAUGUUUUUUGCUAUGUGAAUCCCUGUGCCUCACAGUUGCAAAACCAGUUGAAUGUUUAGUAGAAAGUAAUGUUAAAAGCAUUCAAGAUUUGAAUGAUAGCUAUGUGAAACUUACAAAACAGUAUGGAUACACAGGAGCAAUUAAAUGGACCACAUUUAGUAUUCUACAAAUUUUAGAACCUUUGUUUAUAUAUUGGGAAACAUGUAUAAAAGCAACAAAGAAAAUAUACUUAAAAGAUGAUUUGUUACUGGAAACAAUGAAUUUAGUUAGAUGUAUAAGUACAUGUUUCAGUAAACAAACAUUAGAGAAAUGCAAGUCUUGUCAAAGUGAAAAUUGUAAUAUGAGAAAAGAUACAUAUAAUGCAGUAGUAAUAAAAACCAGAUGCAUUAAUUUAAUUAGCAAGUUAUCUGCAAAUGAUUUGUCUAAAAGUAUAAUCAUACUUGUCAGAAAAUUUUUAGAGCAAAACAUAGUAUUUAUUUAUGAGAUGAAAGAAUGUAAUUGCAAAUGUUGGACACAUUUAUGGCGCACUAAUGGUGCUUUGAUUUACAAUUUAGGCAUAAUGUCUGACUGCUUUUAUGAAGAAAGUGUAUCUUUAUUUUCUUUACUAUUUACUUCUAUUAUACAAUUUGAGGGAAUUCAAUCAAGAUGUCAAUAUAUCAGUCUUCAAAACCCUGUAUCCUUAACAUUACACAGAAUAAGUUCCCUUCAUUACAAUCAUGGUAUGUACAGAGAAGCAAUGACUGCAACUGCAUUAAAUGCUCUAUUAAGUUAUAAUGAUUCAGAGUCAAAGGCAUUUCGCAUGUGGGCAAAUAUAAAAUACAAAUCAGCCACCAAGGAAAUAAUGGAAAUGACCAUACUAACUUGCUUAAAGAGGGAUAGAUUAAAAAUGGAGGAGCUUGGUUUAUCCAUUGAAUUAUCAAAGUAUGAUCUCGUUCAAAUAUGUUUAAGAGAAGCAAAAAGUUUGCAAGAAGCGAAAGUGAAUCUUUCAGCCGCUAUUCAUGAAGUUCUUAACGAUUUGAAAACAUUAAAAGCAUCCCCGGUAGAAUACGCUCGCGUUGUUCAAAUGUUAGCACACCAUUUAUCAAAUUUUGAUUAUAAUGAGGAUAUUUCAGAAUAUCUCAAGCGAGCUAUGUUAAAUUUGAAGCAACUUACACCAAAUGCCUCCACUUUAUGUUUACAAGCCAAUUUGGAAUUUUAUAUGUACAUUACUCAAUUACACACUAUGAAUCAAAAAACUCAAAUCGAAAUGGAAAAUACCAAGUUUGCAUUGUACGCUCCGAAAAUAAAUGAAAUCGGGGAAAAUGAGUCCUGUGACGUAGUUCCAGCUUACAGCAUGAUCAAUGUCAAAGUGGAUUCUAGGCUUAUGAUGUAUUUGGAGAUACCAUUAAAAAAGUGGAACAAAUGUUUGAAGCAAAAUCUUAGCGAAGUUGCAAAAGGAUAUGAACCAAUGAUAACUCUACACACAUUAAUAAUAGCUGGUGAAUAUGCUCAUUUGUAUAGAUAUGAAGAAUAUGAAAUUACUAUUUGGAAACUUGCACAUACAUUAGCAUCUGAAAUGCAAAACAAUUUUGCGAUCAUUUAUGUUAUUGGCCGUAGUAUAUCAUUGAGAUAUGUCAAUGAUGAAUGGAUUUCUACUGCUAAAGAGCUUGCCAUCAAACACAAAGAUACCAAUGAUGAUGAGACAAUUUAUGCAAUUGCUAUUUUUUGGAUAAGCUUGUCAGACUUCUAUUUUGAGUGCAAUAUGUAUGAUGAAGCUAGAAAGUUACUCGAUGAAUCCCGGCAACUACCACGAAUUUCUUUCUUCAGCAAUAUAGCUGUAUAUUUGUACAGCCUUGAUAGAAUUUUGUAUAAUUGUUAUUUGUACAAAGAAACUAUAAAGCAUGAAGAGUACACUCGGUACAUUGUUGAAACUUUGUAUACUAUCGUUAAUUUGAACGAGGAACUUGCUUCGAGAAAAUGGAAAUAUCAAGAUAAACAUCUUUUUGGUUUCGAUAUACUAUUAUCUGCAACCGUUAAUUUAUCUUUUCGAAUGAAUAGUUUAUUAUCUUUUCGAGAAAUUGGUGCCCAUUUAGUGCGACGAUUAAAAACCGCACAAACUUUAGGAGCAACUAUAAGAGUCGCAGAAAUAUUGAAAUCACUUUGUUACAUCGAUUUAUCACGCGCACAACUGAGUGACUGUGAAGUGAAACUUCAAGGGCUGGAGCAUAUUUUAAACAUUGAAACGCUUACAAAAUCGAUGAAUAAUAAUUGUACAAAAAUCAAUUCAGAAAAUAUUUUUGUAUCACCGAUUCGAAAUAUAGAUCCUAUCAGAGAUGUUCCCCAAAAUGAUAGCUCACCCGUUCUCAGAAACAAAGUGUUCGAUUUGCCUAAAUUCAUGUGCCAUAAAAAUUGCGAUUGUUACAUCUGUCAGAAUGUAGCCUAUCAUUAUUUGGUAUUCGCGAGUACACACAUCAGAGCACAAUUAUAUGCGCUACAGAAAAAUAUUUCAGCAUCAUUGCAACAUUUUUACGGUGCAUUUAAAAUAAAAGAAAAUCUGAUGAAGAAAGAAAAAUACAUAGCAAAGUGUAACAACGAAUAUUUUUCUUGGCAAGAACGAUUUUAUACCAUAGAUUAUAUACUAUUGCUGAUAAAUUUUUCAUACUUCUUGAGGAGUUAUUUAGACACUUCGCAAGAAAAAAUAAUGAGUAUCAUUUUAUUAGCAGCACAGAUAUGUGACAUGAACAAAUUGAAGGGACACCCAAUUUAUAUAGCCGUUAAAGAAUUAAUAAUUGACUGCCGUUUUCGAAAAAUAUUUGAUAUCUCUGAUCAUUCAAAAUUUACAGUUCCGAACUCUUCGGAUAUUAAUAUAAGUAAAUACGUACAAGAAUAUAAAGUUGAGGGAAGCAUUUGUGUGACACCAACUACCAAUAAUACUCGAGUGAAGAAACCUAUUACCCUCCGACGUAAUCGAACACCUCCACUUUUAAAAUUGACUAAAGUUAGCAUGGCUUUCAGUGAUGAUGAAGAUAACACCCCUUCGCCACCAUCGAGAUAUAAGAAAACAAGGUCGUCUAGUAGAUUAACAAGAAGAAGACUCUUAAAUGAUGAAUAUUCUGACACUAUUAGUCAGACAAAACAGGAAACAAAACAAUUGAAAAAUAAUUUGUCCUUAGAGGGGGACAAAAACAUUUCCAUAAAAGAUAUAAUCGAAAAGGUUGAAUCUUUAGCACCAGGUAUCUCAGAGCAUUUAUAUAAAGUAGUAGAUAAGAAAGACGAAGCAGCGACGACCAAAAAUGUACAGAAAUUAAUCCAUACGAUAGAAAACCUUAAACAAAGUGCAACUUCGCAAAAGAGUGCCAGAAAAACACGAAAUUCAAAGCCAUUAAUUUCAAACGAUUAUAACAAUAUUAAUCAAGUAAUUGCAUUAUUUCAAGACUUCGGUAUCGACGAGAAGAAAAAUAAUCUUGAUCCGUUGAAUAAAAAUGAUGCAAUAUCUGGACAUAGCAAAGAUUGCAUGUCUUCCGUUAAAACAGAUUCUUUAUCGUGCCAAAAACAAGAUAGAAUUAGCGAGGAGAGUAAUAUAGAAAAUUUAGAACAAAAUAAUUACAGAGAAAAUACAAGACUAAGGAUUACAAAAAAUUCUACGAAUAGUGUUAAAAAUAAACAAAUGCAUAAUAUUAAAACUAGAAAGUCUAAAGAAAAAUUAUAG